AACCAGAACAAGUUUCAGACACUUUCUUUAAAACACAAAUUUCCUGUCUCGUAAUCCCAACACCUGUUUUCCUCUUAUAGGAUUUAGAACAUCGUUAAAACUCCAUUACCCGCCCCCCUCCCCUUAAGGUCCUCACUUUUUUUGUUCUUUUUACAGCUAAACAAUCAAGUCCUUCCAUGGAAGAUACUACUAGGGAACCAUUAAUGGACCGAUCAACCAGGUUCCAAAGAACCAUAUCCCAUGCCCAAGAUGAACUACACAGCUUUAGAACAUACUUACGUUGGAUGUGUGUAGAUCAAUCCAACAUUUGGACAGCUUCUUUGUCUUGGUUUUUGUUCAUCGUUUUAGGACUAGUGGUUCCUUGUUUAUCUCAUUUUUUCUUAGCUUGUUCUUCUUGUGAUGCUAAACAUGCUAGACCUUAUGAUUGGGUGGUUCAAUUGUCUUUGAGCAGUGUUUCGACCAUGUCGUUUGUUUGUUUAACUAGUUUUGUGAAGAAAUAUGGGUUGAAAAGGUUCUUGUUUUUCGACAAGCUUUGUAAUGAAAGUGAGAUUGUUAGAAAAGGGUAUACUGCUAAGCUCAAUAGAUCGUUGAAGAUCGUAUCGUCUUUUGUUAUUCCGUGUUUCUUAGCCGAGACGGCAUACAAAGUAUGGUGGUAUGCCUCGGGCGCUUCGCAAAUUCCUUUCCUCGGAAUCGUCUGGUUGAGCGACAGUGUAGCUUGUUUCAUGGAGCUAUGUUCAUGGCUUUAUCGGACCACGGUUUUCUUCCUCGUAUGCGUCCUCUUCCACCUCGUUUGUAACCUCCAAGUUCUCCGGAUCCAAGACUUUGCGCAGGUUUUCCAAGUUGAUUCUGAUGUGGGUUCGGUUUUGUCCGAACACCUACGAAUCCGGAGGCAUUUACGGAUCAUUAGCCAUCGGUAUCGUUCAUUCAUAUUAUGGUGUUUGAUUUUGGUCACAGGUAGCCAAUUCACUUCAUUGCUUGUAACUUUGAAGGCUACUUCGGAAUUGAACAUUUACAAAGCUGGAGAACUUCUUAUGUGUUCUUUAACUCUUGUCACCGGACUCUGUAUAUUAUUACGAAGCGCGACGAAAAUAACACACAAAGCGCAAUCGGUUACGUGCCUUGCUUCAAAAUGGCAUGUUUGUGCAACCUUAGAUUCUUUCGACGUGAACGACGGUGAGACGCCGAGGACACCGGCUAUUCAUGUCCGCCAAUCGUUUCCUAAUGUGGGAACCGACGGUGAAUCGGAGAGUGAAGAUGUUGGGGAAGAAGAAGAUGACUUGGAUAACAAUAAGUUGAUCCCAGCUUAUGCUUAUAGUACCAUUUCAUACCAGAAAAGACACGCUCUAGUGACAUAUUUUGAGAACAACAGAGCUGGGAUUACAAUCUAUGGGUUCAUGUUAGAUAGGAGCACACUUCACACCAUUUUUGGCAUUGAAUUAUCUCUUGUUCUAUGGUUGCUUUCCAAGACCAUUGGUAUUUCUUGAUUUCUCACACAAUAGGAAAUUCCAAGACUGCCCUUUUCGAGGGAGCGAGAGGUUCAUAAUGUUUGGAGGGUAUUCUAGAGUUUUUCUUUUCUUUGAUUUUUUUUUUCCUUUUUAAAUUUGGGUUAUAUAGUUUAUUUCCAAUUACCUUAAUUUUUCUUUUUCUUUUUGUAAAAUCAUAUAGUUGUCCAUAUUGUUGUUCAUUAUUUUACGAGGAACUUAAAUAUAAUGUUAAGAGAAUCCCGUGUGUUAGUCUGAUAGUCAAGAUGUUUACUAUCCCAGUUGUGGUCUGGGUUUGAGUUGCACUAGUCUCAUUACUGUUAGAGCUUUAAAACUGUGAGGGUGUUAAAAGAGAUUGUAUUUAUGAACUUACAUUUUUU